AUGAAAUAAACAGAAUUAAAUACAAAACAAAACAAUGAAUUUAAAUCAUUAAUGGUAUUAUAUAUAUCUAUAUAUCUUUAAGAGAUUAUUAGAAGCUAAAGAUUAUAAAAAAGGAUUGAAACAUUCAGAAAAAUUAUUAGAAUAAGUACCAGAUAAUUAGGAAGUUGUUUCACUUAAAGCAAUUUUCAUGUAUUACAAUGAAGAGCGUGAAGCAGGUCUUGCCUUAGCAUAUUAGGCUGUUCUUAAGAAUUUAGCAUCUGAUUUUUGUUGGCACAUAUAUGGUUUAAUCUAAAAAGCUGAAAAGAAUUAUAUUUAAGCAGUCAAAUGUUUUAUAUAAGCAAUCAAUAAAGGAGAAGAAAAUCUUUAAUUAAUAAGAGAUACUGCUAAUCUAUCUAUUCAUAUUAGAGAUUUUGAAGGAAAUAGUUGGCUAAGACAAAAACUAUUAAAUAGUAAACCAGGUAUGGUAGUCAAUUGGAUUGCAUUUAUUUUUAGUCAACAUUUAGUAUCCAAUUAUGCAAGUGCUUUUAAUGCUAUCAAAUUGACUGAAGAUGUAAUUAAAAAGGAUACGUAAAAUCCUAUCAAAAAAGUUGAAAUCAAUGAAUUUAAAUUAUAUUAAAUCUAAUUAGCUAUUGAAGCUAAAGACUUUCAAAGAGCUAAACAAUAUUUACAUGAUUUUAAAAAGUAAUUUCAUUAUAUUAAUAAUUUUAGUGAUAUUACUGAUUUAGUUUCAUUUUAUGAACUUGAAUAUGAUUUCUAUAUUAAAAUUGGAGAUAAUGUAAAUGCAAUUCAAUCAGUUAAAUAAUUGCUUGAAUUAUAACCUUAAAAUUGGAAAUACUAUUAAAUGUUAUAAAAGGCAGAUCCCUAAGUAGAUUUAUCAAUCUAUGAUAAUACUCUAGUAAAAGGAAGAUUACUUGCAUAAAAAGAAAAAGAAUCAUUUUAAAAUAGUUUCCUUUAAUUUAUUGAUCCAUUUUUUUAGAAAUCUUUACCUUCUUUAUUCAGAGAAAUUAAACAUCUAUACACUGAUCCUAACAAGAUUGAAAUUAUGAAAACAUCCUUUGAAACUUAUCUUAAUAAAAGUCCAAUUGAAUAACUUUGGGCUAUGAUGUUGUUAUCAUAACAUUUCUAUUAAAUUAAAGAUUACAAUAAAUCUCUUGAAUUUAUUAAUCAAGCUAUAGAACAUACUACUACAUUACCUGAGUUAUACUUGAUUAAAGCAAAAGUUCUUAAAAAAUUACAAUAAUUUAAAGAAGCUUAUGAAUAGGCUGAUAGAGCAAGAUAACUAGAUUUAGCAGAUAGAUAUUUAAAUAAUUAGACAAUUAAAUAUGCUUUACAAGCAAAUAUGAUAGUUUUAUCAUAAGAUUUAUUAAGUCUCUUUUUAAAAGAUGGAUCAGAUCCAUAUGAAUUAUAAAUGAUUUGGUUUGAACUCAAUAUUGGAAGAACAUUAUUAAGAUUGAAUUAUCUUGGUCCUGCUUUAUAGUAAUUUAAUUUAAUAUUUAAACAGUUUUAAGAAAUGUGUGAUGAUUAAUUAGAUUUUUAUCAAUAUUCAAUAAGAAGAUAUACAUUAAGAUCUUUAUUAUAAAUGAUAGAUGCUAUAGAUAAGAGAUAUGAUACUAAAUAUUUUAUUUAAUCUGCAGGAUUGAUGAUUGAAGGUUUAGAAAGACUUAAAUUAAAAGUUUAAGAAUAGAAAAAAUUAGAGUAAAAGAAAUUAACACCAAAAGAGAAAAAAAUGUUAGCAAAGUAGCUAUAAAAAGAGUAAGAAGAAAAAACCAUAAGAGAAUAGUUUUCAAUAGAAGGACAUAUUUUUAAUAGAGAAAUAUAAAGAAAAUUUGAUCUAUCAGGAGAAUAACUUUUAAAUCAAUUAAAAACAUCAGAAGACAUUAUUAAAAUGUAAAAUAGAUUUGCUUAAGUCUUAAUUCAUACUAAUUUAAAUAACAAGGAAGUUAAUUUUUAAGCAUUUAAAUAAAUAGUUUGUUUAUACAUAAAUUAAUAAAGACCUUUAUUAUGUGCUAAAUUAUUAAACAAAUUGAGAAACAAUGAAACUGAAUAGAAUCGUAUUGUAAAUCACAAAUAUUAAUUAUUGUUAAUAUAGUUUUGUAAGACUAUUAAAUAAUAAAUUUAGUAAAUAAAUAUUAAGGAACACUAUUACCAUACAUUAAAGAAUAUUAGACAGACUUGAUACAAUUUGAUACAUAAUUUUGGAAUAAUAUUUAAAUAAAGACAUAAUUAGAUUAAACAAUAAGUAAAUUAAAUUUAUUAUUAAUAGAGUUACAUUGUGAAAGAAUUAUUCAAGAAAAACCAUUUGAAGAGAAUCUUGAAUCAGAAGAUUUACAAUUCUUGUAAGAAUAUCCAUAAGCAAAGGUAAAUAUAUUCUAUUUAAAUAUAGACAACUCAUCCUUUUUAUAAGUAUGAUCCUAAUAUUGAGUGGCAAAACUAAUAAAUAAAAGAAUAUUAAGAAAAAUAAUAGACUCAACCUUUGUGA